AUGCACCAGCCGUUUGAUGGAGAGAAUUUUGAGGCUUGGACGGAGAGAGUGACGCUGAAGCUGCGACGGAAGAACCUGUGGUUGUACUAUGAGAGCGAUGUGAAGAACAUGGAUGAGUUGGAGGAGUCGAAGGAAGACGAGAAGAAGGACGAAUUGAAGAAGGUCCUGCGUGCAAAAGACUUACUGUUCGACUGCAUGACGCAAGAUUAUGAAGACGAGAAAGCAGGAUGGAAAUUGUGGAAGCUCCCGGACAUUGCGGUGGACUAUGCGCACAAGAAAGAGGUGCUGGACUUCCUUACACCGGGUCACAACCUUGACGAAACAAUUGACCGCUUCUACGGUGAGCUUGUUCACAAGCCACGCAGGGCGAGAAAAAAAAACAGAUCAACAAGUGGAUUAAGCAAACCGCCACCAUUCAUCCAGCAUGUUUUCCUGGUCGAGGAACUCACCGGAAUCUACGUCGUCUUGGAGAUGCGACAGUUCUUCCUAGAAAGGUUGAAGAAGGGAUCGCACGCUGGAUCAACGCCCUGCGUCGUGACGGUGCUCCUGUCUCGCGGUUAA